ACAACGAAGCUGAUUUGUUCGGAGAACGGUUGUGUUGGGGUUUGGGUCGAUCGAAUUGAUCACAGAGCAGAAGGAAAGAGGAUCAGAAAAAAGAAGUAUGAGCAAAGGGGAAGGAGAAAACUGCGGUAAUAUUAACAUAACAGUGAAGUUCAGUGGAAGAUCGAUACCGAUAUCGAUAGCGAAGGAUUCGACGAUCAAAGACCUUAAAUCUCAUCUCCAGUCUCUCACCAAUGUUCUUCCUCGUGGACAAAAGCUCAUCUUCAAAGGGAAGCUUUUGGUGGAUGCAAUGACAUUGAAGGAAUCGGAAGUCAUGAAUGGAGCUAAGCUGAUGCUCAUGGCUUCCCAGGGUUUGCACCAAGGGGGCGGUCCUCUACUAAAAGAAGCUCAAACUCGGCCUAUUUCAAGGAGGAGUGAGGAUGAGUACAAAAAAUCUGAUGCAAGGUCUGAAGUUUUUAUGGAUAAGAAUCGUUUGGAACGAUGGAAAGCUACCGGAGUGGUAGCAUUAGCCGAAUGCAAUUUGAAGGCCAUACCUGAUGAAGUAUGGGCUUGUGGAUCUUCUGCAAGAGUCCUGGAUGUCAAUAACAACUGUAUCCAAGAUGUGCCCGAAAAGAUCAGCUGUUUGAAUUCCAUUCAGAAACUUCUCCUCAAUGCAAAUGGUAUUUCUGAUGAAGCCAUUCACUGGGAAGGACUAACAUCUCUGAAGUAUCUAACAGUUUUAUCCAUCAGUCAUAACCAUUUGACCAAUCUACCUUCUUCACUUGGCUUUCUAACUUCUCUGAGGCAACUUCAUGUCACCAAUAAUAAGUUGACUAGCCUUCCAAAUGAAAUAAGCAUUCUGGCUCAGCUUGAAGUUUUGAAGGCCAAUAAUAAUAGGAUAACCACUAUUCCUGCACGAAUUGGAGAAUGUAAUUCUCUUAUUGAGGUUGAUCUUUCAGCAAAUCUUCUGUCAGAGCUCCCAGAGACAUUGGGCAACUUGCAUAACCUGAAGGCCUUGUAUCUCAGUAACAAUGGGCUAAAACGCCUUCCUUCUACAUUGUUCAAGGAGUGUCUCCAGCUAGCAACACUGGAUCUCCAUAACACAGAAAUCACAAUGGAUGUCCUUCGGCAGUUUGAAGGGUGGGAAGAGUUUGAUGAACGCCGGCGCUCAAAGCAUCAGAAGCAGCUGGAUUUUCGAGUCGUAAGCUCUGCUGCAUUCGAUGAAGGUGCUGAUAAAAACUAGGUUCUACACACAUCGUUCUGUAAUUUGCAGCAAAAUAGAAAAUCUAAAAGAUUCGAUUUCAUUGAUGCUGUGAAUGGUUUAAACAAGAGUUUCCUCCUUGAAACAGUGUCGAAAUGUCAAUUUCUUGUUGAGGUAGUGCUGUCGGACUGUCAAGAAAAUUGAUCCAGGAAAGACAAAUGCUUUCUCUAAAAGUAAAUUCCAAGGUUGAAUAUCCCUUUUUUCUUUGUG